CAACAGCGGCGGGCUCUCGUGCGCGUGCUUGGCUUGCUCUGUCGCAGUCGCACGCGGGCAGGGAGUCAAGAGCCAUCUGCACAAGCACAAGAGGGGCAAGUUGGACACAUAAUCGUGAAUCAGAGGAAGCGUCCAUGGACAAGGAGAACCGCAAGGAGGAGGAGCAGGGCGCGGCGGUGGGCUGGAUGACGGUGCCGGCCUUCGGGGAGUGGGACGUCAAGAACGGCGCCGUGCCGGACUACUCCAUGGACUUCUCCAAGAUCCGCGAGAUGCGCAAGCAGAACAAGCGGGAGCUCUCCAGGGCCAGCCUCGGCGGCGACGAGGACCUCCUCCAGGCGCAGCAGAGCAAGGCGCAGGCGGCGGCGCAGCCCGCCAAGUCCUCCGCCGCCGUCGCGGCCGACGACGACCACCGCCGCCCGCUGCACGGCGACUCCCCCACGGGAAGAAAGAAAUUCCUGAGCUAUUUCCAGUGCUGCAUCAGAGCUUAAAGAAUUCCGAACCCUGAUGCUGCUGGUGUCGCACAAAUAGCUUUUAGGUUUCUUGGGUACUGUAAAGCUUGCAUGAUGUGUAGUUCACCUCUGGUUCUGUAAUCUUGUCGUUCGUGUGGGUGAGAGAAAAGAGGAAUUGCGAGGAAGGGCACAUUGGUUAGUUCAUGCUGUGUUUUGAAAUGCUUUGCAACUUUUAGUGCAAUGUGAUCUGAGGAUUGGAUCUGAAGGUGUA